AUGGGACAUCACUCGUGCUGUGACAAGAAGACGGUGAAUAGAGGACUAUGGUCACCGGAGGAAGAUGAGAAACUCAUCAACUACAUUUCAAACUAUGGCCAUGGUUGCUGGAGCUGUGUCCCAAAAUUUGCUGGCCUGCAGAGAUGUGGAAAGAGCUGUAGACUAAGAUGGAUAAAUUAUCUCAGACCUGACUUAAAACGUGGGCGCUUCUCUCCAGAAGAAGCGGCCCUCAUCAUUGAACUUCAGGCCAUUCUAGGAAACAAGUGGGCUCAGAUAGCCAAGCAACUACCAGGAAGAACAGAUAAUGAGGUCAAGAAUUUUUGGAAUACAAGCAUAAGGAAGAAGCUAAUUUCUUAUGAUGGUCCUGCAAUAGCCACCUUUCCUGAUGUGCACUUUAAUGGUAACUCUGAGGAAGGUCUUUUCUCUCUAAAUGCAAACCCUAAUUGGAUCCUAAACUCUCAGCAAGACCAACUAUACCUUCCCACUCCAACCCCAAAUUUGCAAGGCUUUGAUCAUGGUGAUCUUAAAUUAGAGCAAACCAAUUAUGGUGCCAAUUUGGUUCAAUUUCCACCCCCAAUGGCACCACCAUCAAAUUCUUCCUCCUAUGAUCCACUCUGGUCAUUAGGAUAUUUGCCCCAUGAAAAUUUUGAUCCUAAUCAAGAACAUCAAAAUUUCAGCAGUAGUGGAGCAACACAACGUUAUAUUGGUGAUAAGCUUAUUGGCCCAAGUAUCGCAACACCAAAUUAUGAUGAUUAUGAUGAGGAUCCAUUAACAGUGCCCAUGAUUCCAAAUCCUUGUGAGAUUAUUAAUGGUAAUUUUUGUGGCAUGUCUUACUCAUGUGCUUCACUAGAACUUGACCCACUUGCUAGACUCCCACAUUUUCCAGUUGGUUGUAAUUAUCCUUAUGAUCCACACGUGCCUAACAAUCAUAUGGAGUACAUGGAUGCCAUCAUGUCAUCAUCAUUACCAUCAGCAUCAACAUUGUCAGCAUUAUCAAGCGGCCAAUUUGCCAUAAACCCUAAUCUUCCUUCAAGCUGGGAGACUUAG